CGCGUGCUCCACGCGCCACCAACGCUGCCAAAGUGACCAACACCGCUCCACAUUUUUACGCGUCGAGAGAACUCAAGUAACAUCAAAUUCCUUACGCGCACGGUCUAAUCGAGCGACGAACAUAACCCCCUCCUACACACACACCAAUAUACACGAUGCCGAAACGCACUCUCAAGAGAGACGUGACGACCGAGGACCUUUUAAAGUCCGAUUCCGAUGAUGAAAAUUACGACGAUCACGCGGUGACCGAGCGUAGUCCGCGAAAGUCGCGCAAGACGCCGGGGAAGAAGCCGUCAGGCAAAAAGAAGGGCGCAGCUGGCGGUGCGGGGCGAGGUCGCGGAAAGCCCAAGAAGACCAAUCGUUACGAUUCAGAGGAUGAGGACGAUAUCGAGGACACGGAUCUGUCGGAGAUACUCACCGAGGAAGACGCCGAGGAGGAGGAGGAGCCCACACAGCCUGUGGCGAUCGGUCGGAAUGGUAGACCGAGACGUGGUGCCGCCCUCAAGGCUCAGAAAAACGCUACGGUCAUGGCGCAAUCCAGCGAUUCCGAGUCCAUCGAGUCUAAUAGUCAUGACGGGGAAUCCGAUAGUGAUAAAGAGUUGAAUCCCAGGAGGUCAGCAGCAGCCAAAGCACCCGGUACUGGUCCUACGACGAUCAUUGUACUGAAAUACAAGUCUAGACUCGUUGCCCAGACGCAGGAUCCGCCAGACCCUGAGGGGCCGCAGCCCACACGACGGGUAACGAGGGCUACUUCUGCGACUCCUGCGGCUGCGGCUGCGGCGACUCCGUCUCAGACUCAGUCCCAGCGGCCGGCCGUGGGAGGCAAAGGUCCUAUGGGAGGGUACAAGGCGACCCGGGGUCGUGGGGCUAGCGCUGAGCCUUCGAGGAGGUCGGGCAGAUUGGCACACACAGACGUACCGUUGGCCGCUUUCAGCAACUCCGGCAAGCACGUCGUGUUGAGCAACCUGCAACCCACUGCUCCCUCGGAUAUCCCUGAAGAGAGCUCCGUUGAAGAAUCUAGGGAGCACGAACAGGAUGAGGAAGUGCCUGAAAAAGUUGAGAACGCGGACGAAGAAUCAGGUGAUGACGACACGGGUGCUAGCAACAAACAGCAAGGUGAUGUUGAAGCACAAGAAAGCCAAACCGACCAAACAAAGGAAGACGAUGUACCCGAGACGACUACCGCCGCUGCUGAGGUCGGGGAAUCGAUAUCUCGAGAUGAUACGGGUCACGAGGCCGACGAAGAUGAAGAUGACGGACCUACAAAACGAAUUCGAACUAGAGCGGCCACCUCUCGCCCAGUUUCGACUCCUUCUCCUAGAACAUUGCGCUCGGCUGGUGAUCCUACGAGCAGUGUCGAGAAGUCCAAAAAGCCGGACUCUCAACCUACUCGUCGCUUGAAAAGGGGUGCCAAGAGAGCUGGUCGCGCAACGAGUCGAAAGGCCGGAAGCGAGGACGAGGAUUACCAUGAGGAAGGCGAGGAGGCCGAGCAGUCGGACGACAGCAUGUCAUCGCGGACUCGCGCUGCCGCCAAACCCCAGGAAAAAGCAAACAGUUCGGGCGAGGAUGGAGAAUACUCGGACGCUAGGAGUUCCAGGAAACGGGCUAGAGGCCCGGGAUCUGAAGAACCUGAAUCCCAGGCGGAGCUUCAGCAAGAGCUUGAAGAUCUCCAACCAUCUCCCAAGCGACCGAGGCGAACCCAACGCAGACAGUUCUCUGGGAACGAGAGUGCGACUGCUACCGAACCGCGUCUCAGACGUCGUGUCGGACAGGUGGAUUACCGGAUUCUCCGACCCGAGAUGGCGGCUGUUUUGGACGAUAAUGAUGCUGGGACAUCUACUCCGUCGAAGCGCAGGGCUGGCAAUGCUCUCUCACACUCCAAGAGUCUGUUCGAUACCAACGGCCCUUUCGGAGGCGACGUUGUGCCGUUCUUUGGACGCCAUACAGCGCCUGUAGACAUUGACUCUGACAGCAGUGACGAAGAAGCCAUUCGCCGACGCGGUCGAGGUACUGGGCUUGGUGGCAUGUCGGGAAUGACUCCAACCGGAGCGCAUGCGCCUGGAUUACUGCCUGCCGUCGCUCAGACUCACAAUGCCGAUGCUUUGCAAGCUGGUGCCCCCGCCAACCUCGGAAAGGUCACUAAAUCGGCAAAGAAUGCCUUGGCCGAUGCGGAUCCUCUCGGUAUUUCUCCGGACGUUACGUUCGACAGCAUUGGUGGACUCGACGAUCGUAUCCAGCAGUUGAAGGAGAUGGUCAUGCUGCCUUUGAUGUACCCCGAAAUCUUCAAGGCCAAGAAAGUCACACCUCCGCGCGGUGUUUUGUUCCACGGUCCCCCGGGAACUGGUAAAACUCUGUUGGCGAGAGCCGUUGCGUCCAGUUUUACUGGAGCAGAUGGCAAGAAGGUCACGUUUUACAUGCGCAAAGGUGCCGAUUGCCUGAGUAAGUGGGUUGGAGAGGCAGAGAGACAGCUACGAUUGCUAUUCGACGAAGCACGGGCCAACCAGCCAAGUAUCAUCUUCUUCGAUGAAAUCGAUGGAUUGGCGCCGGUACGAUCCAGUAAACAGGAACAGAUUCAUGCCUCCAUUGUGUCGACCUUGCUGGCGCUCAUGGAUGGUAUGGACGGGAGAGGUCAGGUUGUUGUCAUCGGCGCAACGAACAGGCCCGACUCCGUGGAUCCUGCCCUUCGUCGUCCCGGGCGUUUUGAUCGAGAGUUUUACUUCCCGUUGCCGACUACUGAGGCGAGGCGAGCCAUCCUUGAUAUCCAUUCGAAAGGAUGGGAACCGCCACUAGCCGAUGAGUUCAAGGACCAAUUGGCAAAGCUCACCAAAGGAUACGGAGGUGCCGACUUGAGAGCACUGUGUACCGAGGCUGCGUUGAAUGCUAUGCAGCGCACGUACCCGCAGAUCUACAAGUCACUGGAUAAACUUAAGGUCGAUCCGCACAGUGUUAUCGUGACGGCACGAGAUUUCAUGAUGUCGCUAAGGAAGAUUACUCCUUCGUCGGAACGGUCGACCGCUUCCGGUGCGUCGCCGUUGCCGGAACACGUCGUGCCACUACUUUCCAAACAGUUGGAACGUGUUAAGGAGUGUCUGAAGGGUAUCUUCCCGGAAUUCAAGCGUCUGACUCCUUUGGAGGAAGCGGAAUACGAGGACGAUGUUCUGGAUGCGGAGGAGGGAUUCGCACGGGAGAUGAUGAUGGAGAACUUCGAGAGUGCCCGCAUCUAUCGUCCCAGACUGCUGAUUCAUGGUACCUCUGGCCUGGGACAGCAAUACCUCGCUGCGGCGGUAUUGCAUUUCAUGGAGAAGGUCCACGUUCAGUCAUUUGACCUCGCCACGUUGCUGAGCGAUGCCACUCGGACCCCGGAGACAGCUCUUGUGCAAUUCUUUACGGAGAUCAAGAGACACAAGCCGAGUGUGAUCUUCAUUCCGAAUGUGGACGUGUGGUACCGCACCCUGCCGGCGGCCGCGAUCGCAGCAUUCAAGGGGCUUCUGCAGUCCAUUGCUCCCAACGACAGGGUUCUAUUGUUCGGUAUCUCUGAGGUGCCGGUGGACAAACUUGAUCCAGACCUCACUAGGGAUUUGUUUGGCUACUCUAAGCGUGACAGGUUUGAGCUUGAGCGGCCAGACGAGGGCGCUAGGUUUUUGUACUUCGACAAGGUCAUGUCUCACAUCCGAAAGUCGCCUCGUGAUUUCCCGCAAGAUCCAACGAACCGGAAGAAGAGAAAGCUUCCUGAAUUGGAGCGUGCCUCGCCUCCCCCGAAGCGUGAGCAAACCGACGACGAGAAGCGAGCCAUUGCUCUCCGGGACCGCCAGUUGAAGAACCAUCUCAAGCUCCGAUUGAACAAUCUGAUGGAGAACUUGAAGCAGAAGUAUAGGCGAUUCAAGAAGCCGGUUAUCGAGCACGAAGUCAUAAUACGUAUUCUGGACCCGCCGGCUGGCAAUUCGUCGCUUGUCGAAUCCGAUAUUCCUGCGCAGCCAGAGCGCUUCCGGCCCUACCAGGAUGCCGAUAAUGUGCUAAGAGUCGAAGACACCCUCACGGGAAAGGUCUAUUACAACAUGGACCUAGACAUCAUCGAGGACAGGUUUUCGAAUGGAUUUUACUCUACCCCGAGACAGUUCUUGAUGGAUGUUGAACGCAUCCGACACGACGCAAAGCUCGUUGGGGACAAGGAAAACCAGCGCAAGGCUAACGAGAUGCUUACCAAUGCUGAGGUUUACAUUGCGGACAUUGAGAUGGAUACCGCUUUUGUUGGCCAGUGCGAGGAUAUGUACCAGAGGGAGAAGCAGAGAGCCUCUGAGAAGAAGAGGCGAGCGGAGCAAAAGAAGACUGCACUCGGCGAACAGCAGAAGUUGCUUGAGGCUGGUAGCAGAAAUGGUAGUCGUCCGGGAUCCAAGAGCAACUCCGAAAGCACCGCAAUCGCUGGAAUGCCUCACGAGACCCCGAUCGUGAUUCCCAAGACGCCUGCUCCGAAGCAGCCCGUCGGCGGGCUCUUCGGUGAGCAGAGUGGUUUCGACGACUCAGCAAUGUUUAAUGUUGCGUCUUCCGCUGCUGCGACUGGCGGUACCACUCACCCUCCGGAAUCGAACCGAGAUUCGAAUUUCUCCCUGUAUCAUACGCCGCCUCUCCAUCGUCCGAUGAUGGCACCCAGUCAGCCUACUCAACUCACGCAGAUGGGAUCUGGCCCUGGUGGCAUCGUUGGUGUGGCGCUUGUGGCUACGACGGACUUGUCGGUGAUCGUUAAUGACGCUUCGACUACUACCUCUGGAGGCAAACGCACAUCCGAUGGAACUGCAGGGACUGGCUCGCAGCCGCACUCGAACCCGCAGAGUAACAGCAAUGGCUACGGUGGAGACUCGCAUGAUCAACUGCAGCAAUGGGGCGAUUUCGGCAUUCCUGGAAAAGGCGACUCGCAGUUGCCUGCUACCCAGGUCCUCCAGUCGUCGCAGGGUCAGCACAGUUCUCAGGGCUACGCACAUUCGACACCUGCUUCUCAAGCUACAGGACCCAUCUUCCCCUACUCGCAGACGGACUCCUCGCCCGCCUCGGUUCCCCAUCCGUCGCAGGUCUGGCCGAUCCCUCCGCCCCCGGUUCCGAUGUUGAAAUGCUCGGCUGCUAUCAUGGAGGGUGUGCAGAAGAAACUCACGCAAGGCACCUCCGGUUACAACGUUGAGCAGCUCGAGCAGGUCAACGCGGCGAUCAUGGACUAUGUCUGGAAAUCCCGCACCAACUACAACCGCGAGGAGGUGGCCAGACAGGCCCUCGAAGUGUUUAACGAGGUCAAUGGCGACAUCCAGUCUCUGCAGAGGACGCUUGCUGUUAGUGGCAGCUUCGAAUAGUCCGGCUCAUGAGUUGGGAGUCCCAUUGUAAAAAAUUCUGGGCCUUGAGCGAGUGCGUAUUCUGUGUACUUUUCCUUUCAUUUGUCUACUUGUCCGUUGGGUUGGGAAACUUAUUUGCGAUUCCACUUGCGUUGUAUUCUUUUUUUUUUCUUCAUCUUUCCAUCUUUUCGGGGGGUCUGAAUUUUCGUACUGGGGAAACUGGAGGGACCUUGUAUCGUUAAUCUGGCCGUUGAUUUUUUGUCCGUAUAUUUCACAUCUUUCCCGGAGUUUUUUUCAUGCGUUUUUGACUAAUGGGUACAGACUUUUUUUCCCCCCAGAUAUUGACUUUCUGCGAUUGGGUUUUGCGAGCCAUGGUAUUUCGAUAGCUAGAGCUUCAAGUUGCUUCCCUGAGGGGGGCGUGUGUGUGACAGUAUGAUUAUUCUACUUCUCGGUCAUUGUAUUUUGUUCAAUUAACUGGUGCG